AUGUCAGAGCCUGAAAAAACACCCGCGCCCACGAGGCGUUUCCUUCCUCCAUCUUCGUCGUCCACGGUAAAACAGACUGGUCCUCCCUCCCUACCCAGGAACCCAUUUCAGAGCUCGCGCUCCACACAGCCACCGUCUGCUGUCCCCUGCUCCUCCUCCUCCUUCGCCGCUACGCCGCGGUUCCAACGGCCAACUCCGACGGUCAGGGAUGACAUCCAGACGAACUUUGACGAGGCGCCCGAGUCGGCGAUACCUUCGUCCAAGACCGGCGUAAUUGGUCGUCAGGGAGAUAUCCUCGACCUCGACGACGACGAAGUCUACCCGACGCCGUCGCCGCUGUACAGUCGAGGUCACCAGAGUGAUAGAUCACCGCUACAGCAUCGACUCCGAAAGUCUGCUCCGGUCGCGAAACGGCGGAAAGUGACUCGCCCUGGCGCCAGCGUCGUUGAGCCCAUUGCCAUUUCCUCUUCUCCAGAAGAUGAUGACGACCUUGAAGAAGUCAACCUCCAGGUCGACGCGGGCUCCCCCACGUCGCACUCCGAUCUGGACGACGACCUCAAUCGGCAGACUGGGCGCGCGGCGUCCGUCAAUGAAUCGAGCAGAAUCGCCCGCUUCCGGCCCGUCGCUCAAGGGCUGAGUCCACCCAGCCCCGUCCCGAGGACCGUCUUCAAAUCUGUCCCAGACGACUACGAACACGCAUCAAUGGGAAACGGACCUGUCUUACCAGACAUAUUCUCGCCCUCGCGUCGCAAAAGCAAGCGGGACUAUCUUCCCGGUGGCAGCGCGUCCCUCGUCCGAAGCUGGGUGCUGGACAUCGCGACGCAGGAAUCUCAUGCGGAAUCACUUGCUGAGGAAACGCUCCAGAUAGCAGAGAUCGAGAGGGACGUGAGUGGACGCCUUGUCGUCGUCUCCGACGAGAAGGGCCGCCGGUGGCUACUCCCAGAGCAAGAGCGGCAGCAGCGGCAGCAUGAGAGACCCGGCACAAGUUCCAGCUUCGACGGUUUUGAUCUCCACCCCGGGUCGCGAAUUCUCAUCAAAGGCAAAGCUACGAGGUGGUCCCUCGACCUCGAGUCUCAGGGCCUGGGGACGGUCGUCGUUGCUGCCUACUGGGAGCCGGUCUCUCCAGGUUGA